CGCUCAGCCCACCGCCACAUCGAUAGGCACGAGGUUCCCCGUCACGUUUAUAAGCCGUCCCCAAAAGCCUCUCCACCCACUCCCGCAGGGCGGGUACAUCUGUGCACACAGGGGGACCUGGACACUGGAUGGCUGCCGAGCAGAAUCCCAGCCAUCCCAAGAGGCCCCCCCUUGGACAGGGAUCUGCCUGGGGUUCCCACCAUCUGCACGGAAGCUUCUGGAAACAGCACCCCUCUCUCCGCCACCCCCCAGCGCUGUGUGCGCGGCCGUUGGGAGCCAUGAGGUGGUGGGUGGCGCUGCUGGCGCUGUGGCCGGCGCUGGGCACCACGGACGGGAAGCGGCCUGUCUUCCCGAGCAUCGCGGACAAGGCCUUCAUAGAGGAGUGCGUGCGCAGCCACAACGACUACCGCGCCAAGGUGGCGCCGCCCGCCAGCAACAUGCGCUACAUGACUUGGGAUGCAGCCUUGGCAAGGACUGCCAGAGCAUGGGCUCAUAAAUGCCGUUUUGAACAUAAUGUUUACUUAGAAAAGAAAUACCAGUGCCAUCCUAAUUUUACAACUCUUGGAGAGAAUAUUUGGGUUGGAAGUCAUCAUAUAUUCACUCCCACUGGUGCCGUUAGAUCAUGGUAUAAUGAGGUCAAUUUCUACACUUUUGAGACGCGCAAAUGUACAAAGAUAUGCGGUCAUUACACUCAGGUUGUUUGGGACAAUUCCUAUAAAGUAGGCUGUGCUGUUGUUUUUUGUAACAAAGCUGGAGGAAUAAAGAAUGCAGCACUUUUUGUCUGUGACUAUGCGCCAGGUGGUAAUUUUCCAAGAAGGCCUUAUACAAAAGGAGCACCGUGCAGUAAGUGCGCAAAAGAGGACACCUGUGAAAAUAAAUUGUGUAGAAAUCCUCAACGUGAUAAAAUUAUCCAUUAUCCGAGAUGGCAUCCCCCGUGGGAGUUCAGGAUUGUAUGUGAUGAGGCUUGUAUUGCAGUUGCAGUUGUGAGACCGUCAGUGAUGUUUCUUGCUUUUAUAGCUGCUUAUUUUAUAAAAAAGCGCUUUGUAAACAUGCAUAUGUCCACGUAACUCCAUUUGAAAUACAUACUAUCUCCUCAGUAAAAUCUUUAGUGAAUUGAGCAAACAAGUCGUACUAACAUGGCUUUAAAGACAACUUUCUUUGACAAUAAUUUGCUGCUUCUUAGAACAUGAUAACAAGCUAUGAAAAUAUUUGUGGGAAAAAGUCUCCCUGGGAAAAUUUAAGAUGGCAUCUAGUAAGAUUUGGAACAGUAUCAAAUUUACGAAAAAUGUGUCUUAUUUUACUUAUAGAAUUCAAAGAGAAAAAUAUAUGUCAAUUAAACAGUUUUUAGACUUCACGCUAAGCUAAUAUUUAAAGUGGCCAUUGCUUAAUUUAGACACAAAAAAAAGUAUCAUACUAU